UCUACCAGUGAAGAACCAGAAGAACAAGUUGCUGAAAAACUUUCCUCUGACGCACAAGAAGAACUAACAGAAGCUGUAAGGCAGGAACCUCUCGAAGAUACAGUUAGAGAGGUAGAAGAUGUUCCAGAGAAACAAGAAGCUGUGGAAGACCUAGCGCCAACUGUUGACGAAUCUGCCUCUACCAGUGACGAACCAGAAGAACAACUUGCUGAAACCCCUUCCUCUGAAGCAGAAGAAGAACUAACAGAGGCUGUAGAGGAGGAACCUGUCGAAGCUACGGUUAGAGAGGCAGAGAAAGUUAAGGAGAAGCAAGCUCUAGAAGAACUAGCACCAACUGUUGAUGAGUCUGCCUCUACCAGUGACGAACCUGAAGAACAACUUGCUAAAAAACCUUCCUCUGAAGCACAAGAAGAACUAACAGAUGCUGUAGAGGAGGAACCUGUCGAAGCUACGGUUAGAGAGGCAGAGAAAGUUCCGGAGAAGAAAGCUCUAGAAGAACUAGCACCAACUGUUGAUGAGUCUGCCUCUACCAGUGACGAAUCAGAAGAACAACUUGCUGAAAAACCUUUCUCUGACGCAAAAGAAGAACUAACAGAUGCUGUAGAAGGGGAACCUGUCGAAGCUACGGUUACAGAGGCAGAGAAAGUUCCGGAGAAACAAGACGCUGUAGAAGAACUAGCCGCAACUGUUGAUGAGUCUGCCUCUACCAGUGACGAACCAGAAGAACAACUUGCUGAAAAACCUUUCUCUGACGCACAAGAAGAACUAACAGAUGCUGUAGAAGGGGAACCUGUCGAAGCUACGGUUAGAGAGGCAGAGAAAGUUCCGGAGAAACAAGAAGCUGUAGACGAACUAGCACCAACUGUUGAUGAGUCUGCAUCUACCAGUGACGAACCAGAAGGACAAGUUGCUGAAAAACUUUCCUCUGAAGCACAAAAAGAACUAACAGAGGCUGUAGGGAAGGAACCUCUCGAAGAUACGGUUAGAGAGGCAGAGAAAGUUCCGGAGAAACAAGACGCUGUAGAAGAACUAGCACCAACUGUUGAUGAGUCUGCCGCUACCAGUGACGAACCAAAAGAACAACUUGCUGAAAAACUUUCAUCUGAAGCACAAGAAGAACUAACAGAGGUUGUAGAGGAGGAACCUGUCGAAGCAACGGUUGGAGAGGCAGAGAAAGUUCCGGAGAAGCAAGCUGUAGAAGAACUAGCACCAACUGUUGAUGAGUCUGCCUCUACCAGUGAGGAACCAGAGGAACAAGUUGCUGAAAUACCUUCCUCUGAAACGCAAGAAGAACAAACAGAGGCUGUAAGGCAGGAACCUCUCGACGAUACAGUUACAGGGGCAGAGGCGGUUCCGGAGAAACAAGCUGUAGAAGAACAAGAACCAAUUGUUGAUGAGUGUGUCUCUACCAGUGAGGAACCAGACAAAGAAGUUGCUGAAAAGUUGCCUUCCGAUGACCACGUAAAGCUAGCAGAGGCUGUAGUUGAAGAACCUUUCGGUGAUACAACGAAAGCAACAGACACAGCUCCAGUGGAACGAGUAGCUAUAGAAGAUGAUGUAUCUGUUUCCGUCAGUGAAGAACCAGAAAAACGAGCUGCCGAAGCGGUACCUUCUGAAGAGCAGGAGGAGGUUACAGUGGUUGGGGUAGAUGAAUCUCUUGAGGAUACAACAGAACCAACUGAUACUGUUCCGGAGGAACGAGAACCUGUGGAAGAACAAGCACCAACUGUCGAUGAGGCUGUUUCUAUUAGUGAGGAACCAGUAAAACAAGUUGCCAAAACAGUGGCUUCUGAUGAUCAGGAACAAUUAACGGAGGCCGUGGCAGAGGAACCUAUUGACGAAACAACAAAAAUAACUGACACAGUUCCGGAAGAACAAGAAGCUGUGGAAGAGCAAGCAUCAGCUGUUGAUGAGUCUGCAUCUAUCAGUGAAGAAUCAGAAAAACAAGCUGCUGAAACGGUACAUGCUGCAGAGCAGGUAGACGUUACUGUGGAUGUAGUGGAUGAGCCUCUCGAAGAAACAACAGAAACAACUGAUACAGUUCCAGCUGAACAAGAAGAUAUGGAAGAGCCAGCACCAGCUGUAGAUGAGGCUGUUUCGAUCAGUGAAGAACCAGAAAAACAAGGUGCUGAAACGGUACCGUCGGAUGAUCAGGAAAAGAUUACCGAGGCUGUAGUCGAUGAGUAUCUCGAAGAUACUGCAGGAGCAACUGAUACAGUUCCGGAGGAACAGGAAGCUAUAGACCAACAAGCAUCAGCUGUUGAUGAGUCUGCAUCGACCAGUGAAGAACCAGACAGACAAGUUGCUGAAACAGUGCCUUCUGAUGUUCAGGUAAAACUAAUUGAGGCUGUGGUGGAAGUACCUAUCGGUGAUACAACAGAGGCAACUGAUGCCGCCCCCGUGGAGGAAGCUAUAGAAGAUCAAGCAUCAGCUGUAGAUGAGGUUGUUUCUAUCAGUGAAGAACCAGAAAAACAAAUUGCUGAAACGGUACCUUCUGAAGAGCAGGAAGACGUUACAGAAGCUGGGGUGGGUGAACCUCUUAAAGAUACAACCAAAACAGCUGGUACACAACCAGAAGAUCAAGUGGCCAUAGAAGAGCAAACGGCAGGUAUUGACGAGUCUGUUUCUAUUAUUGACGGGCCUGAUACACAGGUUGCUGAAACUGUGCCCUCUGAAGAAAAGAAAGAAGUAACCGAGGCUGUAGUGGAGGAGUCUCUCGAAGAUACAACAAAAGAUACUACUAUGCCUCCACAACACCAGCAGCCUCUACUUGUUACAGAGGAGUCUGGUUCGGUGGAGGUAGAGCCAGAGAAAGUCCCCGCUGAAACACUUCCUUCUGACGUCAUGGACGAGGCAACAGAUAUUGAGAAAGAGGAAGCUCUUGAAGACACAGCCGUGAUACCUUUCACAGCCCUACCUGAUCAGAUGCGUAUAGAACAGCAGGCGCCCGUCGCAGAUGAAUGUAUUUUCGUGAAGGAUGAGGAGGAAGAAAAUGAAGAAGAGGAAGAUAAAGGUGAUGAAAUAGUACCUUCUGAUGAACAAGAACAACUAGUAAAGGCUGAUGACGGAGAUAUUCUAGAUGAGACAGUCAACGAAUGUUUACCAACACCAGAAGACCAGGAGCUCGUGGCAGAUGAGGUAGCAAUCACAGAAGAGGCUGUACUUAUCCAGGAAGAGCCUGAGAAGCAACCUAUUGAUGAAAUUAUCACUUCGGAAGACCUCGAAGAAAUCACAGCGGCUGAUGUGGGAGAUCUUCUAGAAGGUUCGGCAACAGAGAGUGAUGCCGCAGAAGAUCAGGUCCCUGUAGAACAGGAAGUGGCAGAUACAGAUCAAGCUGUUUCUUCUCAGGAGGAGCCAGUGAAACAAAUUGAAGAACCAGAAUGCUCUGAUGUUCAAGUAGAACCCAUAGAGUCUCGGCAAGAACUCGUUUCCGAAGAUACAGCAGAAAUAACUGAUAAAGUUGUGGCAGUCGAUGCUGACAUCUGCGAAACAGCAGCAGUAACAGAAGAAACUAUUUCUGUUCAGGAAGAGCAGGCAGAGCUGGUCCAUGAUACAGUUCUUUCUGACGAUCAAGAUAAACUAAUAGACUCUGAUGAGAAAGUACCUGCCAUAGAUACAGCAGAAGAAGAAAGUGCAAGUAGUAUCGCUGCAGACCAGGAAGGCAUAGAGGAGGUAUUACCAGUUACUGAAGAACCAGUUUCUGAUCAUGAAGAUCUAGGAAAACAGGUCACUGAGGCUGUGCCUGCGGCUGAUCACGGAGAAGCCAUCAGUGCGGCUAAAGCAGACCUGCCAGAUGCAACAGAAGCUGAAACAGGUCUACCAUACCAGGAAGACAGGGAGUUGGCAAUGACAAUUACAGACGAGCCAGUUCCUUUACAUGACGAAUCAGGAGAACAGAUAACUGAGACCGGACCUGUUGAAGAUGGGGAUAGACAACUCGAGGCUGGUGAAGAUGUGCCUUUCGAAGUAGCUCAUCUGACAGAAAUACCUGACGUAGCAGCUGCACCCCCACGGGACCGCUUAGCGGAAGAAGAGGAGGAAGAAGGUACGGAAACUCCUAUGGCUCUCUCUCAGAAAGCAGAUGCAGAUGAUGUGGCUACCGUAUCAACUGAAGAUCAGGAAAAGCUAGUCGAAUCUGAUAAAGUAGAACUGCUGGAAGCUACGAUAGAACCAACCACCGUACAACCAGAAGUAAUGACGGAUGCUGAGGAAAGCAUUCCACCCGUAACGGAGCCUGUUUCUCUCAUUGGGGAAUCAGAUGAACAUGUUGCUGAGACCGAAUGUUCUGAAGUUCAGGACAAACUUGCCGUUGCAGUUGAAGCGGAACUUCUCGACGACACCUCAGAUGAUAAUAAACCAGCUACAGACAGUCCGGUGGCUAUCAAGGAAGAAUCAAUCGUCACAGAUAUGCCUGAACCAGAGGUUGUUGAUACCGAGCAUGUUGAGGUUCAGAAAGAACUCGAUAAACCAAUAGAUCUUACUCCAGCGGAAUCCCUGACAGCUCUGACGGGUCAAGAAGAUAUAGAAGACAUGGUAGUCGUUCCAGAGGAGUCUAUUGAUAUGCAUGCAGAAGCAGAAGAGCAGGCUACUGAGACCACACCAGCUGAAGUUCAGGAAGCAGUCAUUGAAGCAGGAGAGCAGAAACCACUUGAAACUACAGCAGAGGAAACAUCGAGAGCAACCAAAGACAUUGUGGCUAUAACUGGGACAGUGGCCGUUGCAGCGGAGGCUGAGCCUGCGCAGGAAGAACUAAAAGAUCAAGUAGCAGAGGUUGAACCUGUUGACGCUCAGGCAGAACUGAGCGAUGCAGGAGAAGCACUCGAUCAACCAACUGAGAUGGAGGAUGACACGGGUAAUGUUGCAGACAAAGGUGCCGAGGUCCUUGCAGCUUCAUCAUCUUAUGAUUACACAGCCGAGGAGAUCCCAGAUAUCGAUCAAUUUCCAGAAGAGGAGCUACCCGAUAACGACGCUGAUGAUCACGCAAACGAUGUUGAUGAUACAGAGGAAAUGAAAGCCAUUAGGCCCUUCCCUCUUAUUGACGAGGAUGCUUUUCUAGAGGCAGUGUCUGACGAAUCAUCCCCGCAAGAAGCAGAAAGUUCUUGCACUCCAGAAAAGGGGGUAUCUACUGGAAGUUCGGUGCCAGAUACCAUAAGUGGUUUGGACACAACACCUUCAGGAUAUUCUGAAGAUGAAAUGGCCUGUAUUCUACAAACUGCGAUAGACGAGGCAAUAUAUCAAGCGCAACGAAACCAAGCAAAGAAAUUGCUCGAAACUGAUACAACAGAUUUAACAGAGAGUGAUUGCUUAGAAACAGUUAUUGAACGUGAGAAGCUUGAGCUUGACGAGAAAGAUAUAACAGAUAUGCCAGCCGAACUUGAUGAUACAUAUGGCGAUGAAGGGCCGGCAGCAGUCGGAAUCAGUCCUGAUGUUUUUGAACAUGAUAAAGCACUUGCUGAAACUCAAGAAGCAGAUGUAGAUAGAGGUGCCCACUCUAAUAAGGUCAUUGAAGAGGUUUUACCUGCCGAGAAACAUGAUGUAGAAGGUAGAUUUGAAGAUGUAGAAGUUGAGAGACCCGCAAGUGACAGUAGCAGUGAUCUACCUGACUUAGACGAGUAUGUUAUUGUGCCAGAAGAGCCAUCUGAAGCAUCCGAACCAGCAGCAGUGCAAGACAUGUCCUCAGAUGUAGAAGAGCAAGACCGCGAAGGUAAGGAACCAGUGCAAGAAACUUGCGUAGAAUCCAAAUUAUCCGAAAUUACACAUUCAGAAAACCAGGUAUUUCCCUCUGAUGACGCGGCUCAGGAAACAGACUUCGACGCUAACACAGGUAAAAAGGACGCGUUGCAGGUUAAGUUUAAGGAGGUUGCAGACAUCAUUGCAGAUGUGGCAGCGACGUCGGAGGAGUCAUCCGAUGAAGAGGAGAGAUUUGUUAUUGUGGAGGAAACCUCUGACUAUGAGAUGCUUCAGCGAGAGUACAUAGAGCAGCCAGGUGUUGAUAUUGAGACUAUAGUCGGCAGUGUGGAGGCAAUACAGGAGGGGAAAUUGGAAUACGCCAUUCUGGACGAUACGACAACAGAGACCGAAUCUGAGGAAUGUAUUACGACAGAAAACGAUCGCAGGGUAGACUUGCUCGAGCCUGCAGAUGUCGGAUUUGAGGAAAUUAUCGAAGAAACGCAACCACUUUUGACCGAAAAAGAACCAGACGGUCUCGGUGCCGAGAUAGAGGAAAUUCAGGUCACUGUCGAGAUAUCGUCGGACGUGUCCGAGGAAGAGUCAGAACACAUAUCGUACGAUCAAAAACACGAAUUCGUUCGCGUGGACGACCAACAUUCUGUUAGCAGUAGGAGCAGUCGAGGUUCACGUAAGGCUGAGCACAGACAUGGUGCUGUUGUGAAGACAACAAAGCAUGAAGUAGAGAAGGAAAAGGUCACAGAUUAUAAGGAAGAGCAGAUAUACAGAGAGGUGUACGAACACACAGAGUCGGCGUCAAUAACGUCGUACGAAAUAGAGGUUAGUGAAAUGAGUGACGGAAAUUCCACCGACCUAGACCAGUAUGACGAUCUGAGAGAUCAGGUAGUCGAGCCAGGUGACUUUAAAAUCUAUGAGCACACAGACCCACUAGUUCACAUUAGCGUAGACAUAGGCACACCAACACAGCACGAGGUACAUACAACACGCGAAGAGGUCGAAAUUAGAGAGUCGGUGUCGACCACGACGAAUCUCGACACGCAAAAAACAGAUCAGCAGUAUAGGUCAGACACGGGCGAACUCGCAAGUCAGUUCACCGAGCUUCACCGCACCGAGGUGGUAAGGCACCCCGAUAAGGUCACAUUCGAGGUGAAGGACCCUGUCACUGUGACAGAGUCCGAAACGGCGGUGAGCGGUGGUGCGGCGGAGGUCUACGACGUCUGCGUGCUGGCCAGGAAGCGGGUGAGGUCCAGCAGAGUGGACGAGAGCAGGACGGUUACCGAGGAAAGCUCCGAGGUUUUCGCCAAGACAGAUGAUCAGGGAGCCACAGGUCCGUCGGGAGACGCGUACAUGGUCUCCGAACACGAACACCCAGAGGAUGUGCAGGUCGUGGAGAAGGAAGAGGUUUUGGACGAUGGGACCGUUAGAAAGUCCAGAGUUUUGAUCAAGAAACAAGUGCACACCAAGACAAUAGUGCAUCCGGAUGGCCAAGAGGAAGUGAUGACCACAAGUGGCACAACUGUCUCUGAUAGCGGUGACCAGCGUCCAGAGGAACUGGACCCAGAAGUACAGGCCCUGAUUGACCGAUACAUGCAAGAUGAGGGUGACGCGCCGGGGUCUGUGAGCGUGACUAGGACGACUCAUUCUUACCAGUACCCGGAGGAAGACGAGGAGUAAACAGAGAUGACAGGGCGAACGCGCAAAAACGCGCGACCUGCAGGCUAAAUUUGCUAAUAUUCUACAAUGACUGUAGAGUGGUGAAUGAACCUGCGUAAUGUAGACAAAUCAGAUUCAACUGAUAGUAAUAAAAAAUUAUAUACUUGUUAAAUUUUUAUACGUAAGUAUGUUAUUUUAAGAAUGCGAAUCCAGACAUUUUAUAGAAUUUGUGUAUUGGCAAUGAUUUCUCUCUUUCGUUAACAAGUUUGGUGUGUCUCUAAUAAUAUUCCUAGCGACAUGAUGAAUCUGGUUUGUCUUCGUGGCGAGAGAAUGACGAUACAACCGUGACUGCCCGGUAACAGGCGCGUUUUACCGAUCCCUGUUUUAUAUCACUGUAAAUCACUCUAAACGCAAUAUAGCGAUAGAUAUCUAAUGUUGUCACGGCUGCCCUGUAUGUAAUUACAGAGAGUGGCGCUAUCUAGUUUUCCCAGCUUUAAUAAUUCUUCCCUUUGGCUCUCGUUACAAGUGCAGCCGGGCAGACAAGGUUUGUUGAAUAAUGUCUCACGAAGUAUGUCGAAAACAACUCACAACGCGGUUGUGGUUUGUACGCGGAACAUGGUGUAAAUAUCAAGCAGCGGCUACCAUUUUUAGAUACGUCACAAUAAUUUCGUCCGAGAGAAGGUGAGCGAGAUAGAGAAUAAGAGAGAGAGAGAGACAGCGAAGUGAACGUCUGUUGAAGAGUGUCGACCGAACGACUUGCGUCGCCGGAUCACUUUUUCUCACGUAGCGGUUCGGAACACGACGUAUUGGCUGCAGCAAUGAGCCACGUCAGCGUCAGGUGGGGUGCAGCUCGUGCAUGACAUGCGCGUACUGCCUGACGCUGACGCUGCGCUGCUCUGUUCCUCUCGCUCGGCAGUCUUUGCCUGUAGACGUGUCACUCACGCUGGGGGCAUUUACUGAUGCCCUUAUAUAUCGUCGAAACAAUAAAUACUAUCGAGAGAAACUAAUUCGAGAGUUUGGUAUGAACGAGCCAGGCCACUUGCUUUUAUAGUUGGUAGAAACUGAAUAUAUAUUAUAAACAUGCUUGCGAUCUUAUGCGGAAGGCCCAAGGAUCUACAUGGGAAUCACAGUUUGUCGGGUAGCAUAUGCGCGCUUUGAUAUUGUUUAAUCAACAAAGCCAACUAACACGUCGGCUUCCAUUUCGUAUUUUGUGACUUUCACGAUCAUGAGACAAAGCGUCCGGAGAGCGGAGGCCAUAUUACUUGUUACAUGUCAUCGCUACGCGUGCGCCCUCGUGUGGUGUGAUGCUAACUACUAAUAUCUUUAUACAGGUAGCACGUUUAGUAUGCGGAGUUAUCAUUCACUCACUGUUUCCCAAGUUAUCUAUACUACGUACUACGUAUCGUAUCGCUGUGCGGAUCUAACGGGGUGUUCUGCCAUCGCUUUAUGGAGUGUGUUUUUUUGCUUUAUUUUUUCCGAAGAGCAUCUCCGUGUAACGGAAGCUGAUCUACAGCCAGCUCGCAUCCUCUCUCUAUCUAUCAAUAUAUAUAUAUAUUCUAUCUAUUUACAUAUAUAUAUACGUCAGCAUCUCGUCCGUAUUUAAGGCUCGGCGCGAUUUCGCUGUGAAUCUGGACGGAUUUCUGCGUUUUUCCCCGCGUUUUUCUUGUGUCAAGUAGUGGAGUGUAUAAUGCGCGCGCGCGUGCGUGCGUGUGUGCGCGUGCGUCACUGCUGGCAGUCAGUUGUUCUCAUGUAGACGGUGGUUAUUGGUUUGUACGAUGGCGUUUUGGGUUUUUGAUCGUCUAGGUUCGCGCGGGAGUCUGACGUAUAUAUGUUUUCGAGCCAGGGAGCGGAGUCGCCGGGUCUAGCCUUGCUCAGUCGGGUCCGUGCUUGGCGACUGCUGCUUCCGGCCGCGUCUUUUUUUCUGCUUAAACAAAAUACUUAAAACGCAUACAUAUGAUGGGUGUAUGAUUCAAAUGGAGUUUGUAGUUGAUUGCUUAUAAGGCCUGGAAACCUGGCUACCGAGCACCCAUAGCCAACACAUACACACAUAUACACACACACUCACACAAACUGAGAGACAUUUGAAAGGCAAUUCCUGUGCAGUAAACUGAGGCCCCACUGAAUCAGGAUUUUGCCGAAUGACGGAAAAGAAAGUAGAAUCUGAGCAGAUGGAUGGCGCGGGUGCUAGGUAGCUCGGUGCAUAUUUAGUGGUGGACAUUAGCUUGAUUACAAUUUAGCCAGUAAUACAAAUGCUAUCAUUACACAAU